AUGAAGUCGUACCGUGCCUCGCUCGCACUCACCCUUUUCGCCAUUGUCGCCCUUCCGCAAGCAAGCGCGGCGUCGCAUGUCGUCGGUGUCUACUACCCCAACUAUGCCGAGGCCCCAAUCGAAGACAUCCAACUCAAGGCGUCGACCCACGUCUUUUACGCGUUUGCGAUCCCGAACGCGGACGGGUCCCUGCCCACACCCAAAGGCCUCGCGCACUUUGCCCAAGUCGUGCGCUCCAAGGGGGCAAAGCCUGUCCUUAGCAUCGGUGGCGGCAGCGACAGCGGCAACUUUCCACCGCUUGCGGCGUCCGCAGCCUCUCGCAACACGUUUGUCCAAGCCGUGCACUCGCUUGUGAGCCAGUACAACCUCGAAGGCGUCGACAUUGAUUGGGAAUUUCCCGACAGCGACAGCGACUUCAACAACUACCGCGUCCUCGCGCAGCAAGUGCGCCAGGCGCUCGGCGCCGACAAAGUCGUGUCGGCCGCGAUCCCCGGCUGGCUCUCGCGCGACCAAAUGACGCCGAUCAUCAAGGAGAGCCUCGAUUUUGUCAACCUCAUGCUCUACGACAACGUGUACAGCAAUGAUGGCCGCCCGAACGCUGCGCUGAUGGGCGACGACAGCAGCGUCCAGUCAGCGGUGGCCAACUGGCUCGACGCCGGUGUCCCUGCCAACAAGCUCGUUGUUGGCGUGCCGUUUUACGGCUACGAAGGCAAGACAGCCAUGACGUACCGCGAAAUCAAGCCGCUCGAGAGCUCGUGGGCCUCCUCCAUGAACGAGGCGUCGUUCACGCCGCAGCUCGUCAAGGGCGCUCGAAAGAUCACGUACGACAACCCGACGUCCAUCGCGGCCAAAGCUAAGUUCUCCGCGUGCAUGAACCUCCGCGGUGUCUUUGCUUGGGACGUGACGCAAGACGACGCGGUGAGCAGCCUCCUCCAGGCCAUGGACGCCACGUACCCGGGUGGGAACGGCAACGCGAACACGUGCCUCGAGGAAGCCACGUCCACUUGA